AUCCUUCUUCUUCUUCUGAGAGAGAAGAAGACUCUCUUUUCAAGUGUCUCUCAGAUUUCUUCUUCUGGUUAUUUGAUUAUCAUUUUUCAUUAUUAUUAUUAUUACUUAUUACGAGUAAUAUUUAUCAUCAUUCUAUCUCUCUCUAAACAUCUAAUCUUAUCAAUAUAAUAUAGCAUUGAUUGAUUAGUUCUAUGAAUGAAUGAAGAAUCAAUCACAUCAAAAAUUGUCAUCUUCUUCUUCGAUCUUCUAUUGACAGUUAGGGUUUUGGUUUUCGCAUCACAAUUAAGUAAUCCAAAACAUCUUAUUCAUCUUUGUUUCUUUUUUAAUUUUAAUUUCAGUCCCUUUCUUCUUCUCCUCCUCUCUGUUUUCUCACUUCCUCUUCCUUCUUUCUCGUUCAUAUCAAUUCUUAAGCUACAUAAAUUUCGUUUAUUUCAGGUUUUUGAAGCUCAAAGUAAUUUUUUCAAAAUUCGUUGUUAACGAAUUUAAUGGUUGGAGUAGGACUCUAGGAGAGUAUUAUGUGGGUUGGACUUGUUUUUUCUUGAUAGUGCCUCGCAAGAUUUAUGCAGCAUUAACUAGCUUAAUUCAGAGUAGUUUUUAAGGAUAAUUAAAACAUAGGCUUAUGGAGCCUAAUGGUCAUAGAAAGGCUAACAAAAGGGAUCCUGUUGUUCGUGAGGACAAAGAGGUGGUGAAUAUUUCAAGUAGUUGUGAUGAGCUUCAAUCACUUGAUCCAUGGACAGCAUGGGCGUACAAGCCUCGUACUGUCUCUUUCCUCUUUAUUGGCGCCUGCUUACUUAUAUGGGCAAGUGGAGUUCUUGAUCCGGAGAGUAGUUCAUCACCUGAUAUUGUUUCAUCAGUUAAGAGGGGUGUGUGGGCAAUGAUUGUUGUCUUCCUCACUUAUUGUUUACUUCAAGCACCUUCAACGGUGCUUAUUAGGCCGCAUCCUGCACUUUGGCGAUUAGUUCAUGGAAUGGCAGUUAUUUACCUUGUUGCGCUUACAUUUUUACUUUUCCAGAGACGUGAUGAUGCUAGGCAGUUCAUGAAAUUUCUUCAUCCCGAUCUUGGUGUUGAGCUUCCUGAAAGAUCUUAUGGUACAGAUUGCCGUAUUUAUGUGCCGGAGAAUACAAAUAACAGGUUUAAGAAUGUUUAUGACACAUUGUUUGAUGAAUUUGUUCUGGCUCAUAUAUUUGGAUGGUGGGGUAAAGCUAUAAUGAUCCGUAAUCAGCCUCUUUUGUGGGUCUUGUCGAUCGGGUUUGAGUUUCUGGAGCUCACGUUUCGGCACAUGUUACCUAAUUUUAAUGAGUGCUGGUGGGACAGUAUUAUUCUGGACAUUUUGAUCUGCAAUUGGUUCGGUAUCUGGGCUGGAAUGCGCACGGUCCGGUACUUUGAUGGGAGAACAUACGAGUGGGUUGGUAUAAGCCGCCAGCCAAAUAUUAUCGGUAAAGUAAAGCGAACAUUAGGUCAAUUCACACCUGCUCAAUGGGACAAAGAUGAAUGGCAUCCCCUGCUUGGCCCCUGGCGGUUCAUCCAAGUUCUCUGUCUCUGCAUCAUCUUCUUGACUGUGGAGCUAAAUACCUUUUUUCUUAAGUUUUGCCUCUGGAUUCCUCCUCGAAACCCUGUUAUUAGUUAUAGGUUGAUAUUAUGGUGGCUAAUUGCCAUUCCUACAAUCCGCGAGUACAAUUCAUAUUUACAAGACAGAAAAACAGUGAAAAAGGUCGGAGCAUUCUGUUGGCUUUCCAUCGCGAUUUGCAUAGUUGAACUCCUUAUAUGCAUCAAAUUCGGGGAUGGCUUGUUUCCCCACUCAAUGCCUCAAUGGCUGGUGAUUUUCUGGUCAGGCGCAGGGGUUACACUCACGAUAUUCAUUAUCUUGUGGUCAUGGCAACAUCAUCGAACUUUAAUGAGAAAGAGGCUGUGAUUUUCCUUCAUAUUUGUAUUUGUGGUACAUUAAUUUUUUUAAUAACUUUUCUUUUGUUUUGAUGGAUAUCCAUCCAAGUUGUACAUAAACCAUCUAUCACCUUUCGCGAUCUGUAAAUCAGUGGCAGCCCCAGCUUAAGGAAAAGAUAUAUUUUUUCAA